ACUUCCCGUGUAUCCCACGUAAAGCGUACCUCCAAACCUGCUAGGUAUCCAGCAACCCAACUACACUACCACUUUAUCUUAUCACCAAUGUCCGACGACUGGGACGCCUCUGACGAGGAGACCUCCAAGAAGGUCGCCCCACCACCCAAGGUCAUUCCCAAGAAGUCCUCGAAGUGGGAGGGCGAAGAUGAGGAGGAGCAGGUCGCGAGCGACUGGGAAGAAUCAUCCGACGAGGAUGACAAGCCCGCAGUGCCCGCACCUGUCGCCCCGCCGAAGAAGAAGGGCAACCUGAAGCAGAAGCUUGCCGAGAAGGAGGCCGCGAAGGCUGCACGGAAGGCUGCUGGGGAGGACGACGUGGGCUAUGACUCGGACGAAGUGCUUGACCCGCGCGAGAAGGCACGGCUGGACAAGGAGCGCGAGCUCAACUCGGACCUGAACAACGCCGCGGACCUCUUCGGCGCGGCAGCACUAGGCGGCACCACCUCAAAAGAGCUCGACUCCCUCCUCUCCUACCAACCGCGAACGAAGGAAGACUUCCAAAAGCUGUCCGCCAUGAUCAUUGAGGUCGUCGUCAAGCGACAUCAGGGCAAGCCUCUCUACGCGCAGUUCGUUGAGCAUCACGUUCGCGAGCUGGCUGCACCCUUGCGCGACGUCGAGGUCCGCAAGGCCGCGAGUGGGUUGACGACGCUGGCGAACGAGAAGCAGAAGGAGCAGCGCGACAAGGCGAGCGGCAAGAAGAAGCCCAAGGCGGCAGCGAAACCUGCGCUGGGUGCGGCGAAGGCGUCGAGCAAAAUCGAUACCAACAUAUACGACGAUGCACUUGACGACUUCGGUGCGAACGCUGACGACUUCAUGUAGAUGGCAGCGUGCAACUUGUAGAUGGCAGUGUUGUAUAAUUUAUCGCCAAUACUGUAUGCUCACCUCGCGAGGGAGAACUCGAUCUUGACCUUAGGAUCUCACUCUAUCCGCU